UACACAACACUAUGCCGUUACUGCACUUUUUUAUUUCCAAACACCGUAAACUCGACUUUGAAAUCAGCCUAUUAAUACGAGAUCUCGCCAAUGUGCCAUUAGUCAGUGGACUAUACUAUGCAAAGUGGCGGAUAAAGAAUGCUUCGCAUGCGAGUGGAAUGACCGAAAGAGCGCCCAUCAAUGACCAUUGCAUAUUCUGGAAUCAUCCCAUCAACACCAUGGCACAACUCGUUAUCAACAAACAGCAUGUCUUGGGCGCAUGUGAGCUAAAGUUGGAGAUAUUCCAAGAGCUCAGUGGAGGCAAGGAAACACAUUCAAUUGGCAGCUUGACCAUCAACUUGUCUGAAUAUGCGGACUCGGGCGUUACGACUCGUCGAUAUCUUUUAGACCAAUCCAAAUUCAAUUCUACCGUCAAGUUAUCUGUUCGUAUGAAACCAAAGUCCGACGUCGGAACAAAUUUCCAAGUACCCCAAUCACAGAAAUCAGCCAUUGGAGAACCCUACCACCAACAAUCACCACAACCACAACAGCAACAGCAGCAACAGCAACAGCAACAGCAGAAUGAACAAUCGCAGCAUAACUCACACUUAUUACACCAGCACCACCAGCAUCAACUACAGCAACGCGACCGAUCGCCGUCGUCUGAUGAUCGAUCCAUUGAAUCCGUAGCAACCACAUCCGAACGGAGACGCUUCCAUCCUUCCGUACCGCAAUUGAGAAAGUCUCAUUCUGCCAUGUCUCUUCCUCAUUUCUGUAAACAAAACACACCCUUUUCCAAUCCUGACGAUCCAUCUCCAUCCGACUUUGUUGAGCAACUCUUCACCCGUAAAGCCUUCAAUGUUCAAGCGACGACAUCCUUUUAGAUUUUUCUUUUCUUCUACAUCACCGCUCUCCCUUUUGUUGUAUAAAUAGUUUCCUUCCCGCCCCGCCCCGCCCCGCUCACCAUACACCAACGCUCUGUUCUUUUAUUCUCACUGGGCAUCUCGAUUGCAUGACAUAAAUACUGUUGAUGAUGACAACGUCAUGCGAAACAAAGAACGAGUUGAGACAUUUCUUCUUAAAACGGACCAAUCAACCGUGUGGUUUCCAUUUCCUGGGGUGGGCAUGUGGUGCCAUCACACAGCGUGUGCAUUGCAUGCAUACAACAACUGAGCGCAAUUUUGACAAUUUGAUAUAGCAUAACAUAGCUAACCUACUAGAACAUCCCGAUUACGUGUGCCCGCUCAUUCACACAGACACCUAACUCUCUUUUUUUUUUUUUG